AUGAACCCUGUUUACAGCCCCGUCCAACCUGGGGCUCCCUAUGGAAACCCGAAGAACAUGGCAUAUGCAGGUUACCCAGCUGGUUAUCCCACUGCUGCCCCAGCCUACAACCCCAACAUGUAUCCAACCAGCAGCCCCGGCUACGCCCCAGCUACACUUCUGAUGAAGCAAGCCUGGCCACAGACCUCCUCCUCCUGUGCCACGGAGGGCACCUUCCACCUCCCGGUGGACACCGGGACCGAGAACAGAACUUACCAGGCUUCUUCUGCAGCAUUCAGGUACACUGCAGGGACACCCUACAAGGUCCCACCGACCCAGAGUAACAACGCGCCUCCUCCCUACUCGCCGUCUCCGAAUCCCUACCAAACUGCCAUGUACCCCAUCAGAAGUGCCUACCCACAGCAGAACCUGUACACCCAGGGAGCUUAUUACACCCAGCCUGUGUAUGCAGCCCAGCCCCAUGUCAUCCAUCACACCACUGUGGUCCAGCCCAACAGCAUCCCCUCGGCCAUCUACCCGGCCCCGGUCGCUGCGCCCAGGACCAACGGUGUGGCCAUGGGCAUGGUCGCUGGGACCACCAUGGCAAUGUCAGCAGGCAAAUGGGUCUUGCUUGAUGGGAAGAGUCUGGUGGAGAAGUGUGUCCAGGGAGCAUCUUGA